UAAGAUCUUUGCUUUUAAGUUAACGUCCAUUCGCGACGACGCGACGGAGUCUGCGUGGUGCUGGUACCGGUGAAAUUUUUUUCAAGUACAAAUCGUUCACUUUCCGUCCCCCGAACGAAACCAGUGAAACGGUCCGUUUUUAAUUCGAGCCACCUCGCGUAAUUGCCGAUCGGAAGAUUCGAAAUCGCUGUGAACUGUAAGCUAUACGACGUUCGAGGGAUUUAUACGUUGAAUUAACAGGAGACGAAGAGGACUAAGGAAGAAAACGACCAAGGAAAAUGAGGCAUCUGAAGAUUUUAUUUUUCUUGGUGUUCGCCGUCUCGAUACAGCAAAUCGAAGGGUACAGAAUCCUGUGCCUGUUCCCUUACAGUGGACAAAGCCACCAAAGGAUGUUCGAGACUCUGUGCAAAGGACUGGCGACAAAGGGACACCAAAUCGACAUGAUCAGUCACUUUCCAUCGAAAACACCGGUCGCUAAUUACACGGACGUCGUCGAUUUAAGAGGGACAACGAAAAGCGUAGUCAACAGCUUGUCCAUCGAGACCGCGAAAAAGUUCAGAGACCCCGUCAUAUAUUAUCUGACCAAGGACUUUGGUGCCCCUGUGUGCGAUUUAAUGGGUUCCGAAGUAUUUCAAAAUUUCAUCAGCAAUCCACCCAACGAUCCACCCUACGACCUGAUCAUAACAGAGUAUUUCGGCUCGCCGUGCUAUUUAGGAGUUGGCUAUCGGCUGAAAACUCCUGUCGCCAUCGCUGUAUCUUUUCUCGAUAUGCCUUUCGUCGAUGAUUUUAUGGGCAGCCCCAUAAGCUACGCUUUCUUCUCCGGGGGAUUCAACGAAAAAACCGUGAUAAACACAUUUUACGAUCGGUUGACGAACUUUCUACAAAGCUUCGUGGAUUUGAACAAAUUUUAUUAUUACUCGUCGAGUCACACCGAAAUAAUGAGGAAGUACCUGGGCCAAGACGUACCCGAUGUCAGAGAAUUAGAGAAAUCCGUGGUCCUGGCUUUGGUGAACGGACAUUAUAGUAUUACUGGCGUCAGACCCUUAACUCCGGGCAUCGUGGACGUUGGUGGACUCCACGUCCUCUCUGAUAACUCCACAUUGACACCGGCAUUGAAGUCUUGGUUGGACUCCGCGGAGCAUGGUGUGGUGUACUUCACCUUGGGAUCGUUGAUAAAAAUCGAAACAUUACCGAAAGACAGGGUGCUGGGCUUGUACGCGUCGUUCGCGAAAAUUGCACCGGUGAAAAUUCUAAUGAAGUCGACCAACACCACGAGACUGCCACCUGGUCUUCCCAGCAACGUGAUGACCUUACCUUGGAUACCUCAAGUUCCAGUGCUCAGUCACAAAAAUACGCGAGCGUUCAUAACCCACGGUGGUCUUAUGGGACUCCAGGAAGCGCUCUAUUACGGAGUUCCCCUAAUUGGAAUACCAGUAUUCGCUGACCAAAUGAGAAACAUCGACAUCUUGAUGAACAAAAACGUUGCAGCAAAGAUAAACGACGACGAAAUCAACGAACGUACCAUGGAUGCUGCAUUGAACGCCGUUUUAUACGAUCCAAAAUACAAGGAAUCGGCGACAAGGCUGUCGAAAGUGUUCAGAGAUCGGCCAUUGAGCCCAAUGGACACAGCUACGUAUUGGAUCGAAUACGUGAUCAGAAACGGAGUCGAACCGUUGAGAUCGCCAGCGAUGGACCUGCCAUGGUGGAAGCUACACUUGCUCGACGUUUUGGCUUUCCUAGCCCUCUGUUCUUCGCUCGGCGUUUAUCUACUAAUAGUUCUCUUGAAGAUUGUACUGAAGAAACUCCAGAACGACGACGCGAAAAGUACAAAGAAAUUCAACUGACGAUUCGUCGAUUUUUACAAAAAGACUACUUUCAAGAAGAUGUGGAUCAUUUUCGUGAAUUCAGAGUAUUUUUCUUUUCAAAGGCUCGCAGCCGUCUUCUUCAAGUGUAAUUCGAAGAUAACAUCGAGUCGCGACAAACAAUUCACGAAUUUUUUAUAUCGUAAUUCAUAGAACGUCCAAGUUUUGCCAUUUUUAUCAUUUUUUAGGCUCGUUUUAGUUAGUUACUUUAUAUUAAUUGAUUCGUAACUGCUUGCUGCGCGAUGGCUCUAAUUCGAGAAACGACAUGCUUGUUAUUAUAUUUAAUCAUUCACGCUAAACACGGUCAUCUAAGUUCUAAGUAGAUGUAAGUAUUUUUUCUAAUUCACUGUACGCGUCGACAAUUUUUAAUCCAAGAUACGAUAUAAUUUAAUUGUUACACGAUGCAUCGACGAAUGUUGCGUAUUUCACUCAUUGUUAGUAAUAAAGUAUUCAUGAUAAUAAUGUACCAACGACGGUAGUAAAAUAUUUCACUUUACCGUCAAGUAUUUUAAACACGGGUCAUUUAAUUUACAAAAUCAUUUGUACAAAAUUGAUAGAAACUAAUAUACAAUGUACAUUGUUAGAUUUGAAGAUCCAGGAGAUAGUUAAUUUCUGCAAGCAACGAACGACAAAUUUUCCUCGUCGAAAUAAUAUUUGAAUGUUGUUCGAGAUGUACGAGAAAAGGAAUCGGAGAAUGUUCUUUUGCAGUAUGAUUUGCAAACACUGCCGGUCUCGAAGAAAUUACGAAACGAUGGUACUGCUUGCACAGGCGAUGAGAUAAACGUUUAAAAUGGCUAACGGAACCGCUACACGAUCUUAACGACGGGGCUUUUAACUGGAUUAACAAACUACCGGAAGUUCAUACAAGUAUAAUUGAAUACGGAGCGUACCACGUUUAAUUGUAUUAAAAAUGCGUAAGCGUUUGACAAGUUCUUGAGAAGAAUAUUAAAGUUUCAAGCCAACCGUGAACUUAAUGUUCUCCGUAAUGCUUUUACCUCGAGUCGGUAUAAACUAUGGUACUUUCAC